UCUCCUGUCCCCCCAGGCAGACUCUGUGGCUCUGCACAUGAGCACAAUUGCAGCCUCCAAGAGGAGAUGCCAUGACCUUCACCUUCACAGCCCUGCUCUGUCUGGGACUGACUCUGGGCCUGGGGACCCCAGUGCUGGCAGGGGCCCUCCCUAAGCCUAUCCUCAGAGCACAACCAGACUCUGUAGUCUCUCAGCAUACUACUGUAAUCUUCUUGUGUGAGGGGACCACGGGAGCCAAAGAGUACUGUCUGCAUAAAGUUGGACACCAAUCUUUAAGCUGCACACAGAUUCCACAGAGUCCUAAGGACAAGGCUGAAUUCUCAAUCUCAAAAAUAGACUAUUACCAUGCAGGGCAAUAUCACUGUCAAUAUCGGACCCGUGAUGGCUGGUCAGAGUUCAGUGACUCCCUAGAGCUGGUGGUGACAGGAGUCUACAGUAAACCCAGCCUGUCAGCCCAGCCCAGCCCUGUGGUGACUGAAGGAGGGAAUGUCAGCCUCCAGUGUGUCUCAGGGCAGUCAUAUGACAGGUUCAUUCUGACUAAGGAAGGACCUCAGAAGCGCUCCUGGACACUGGACUCAGAGUAUAACUACUAUACCAGACAGAUCCAGGCCCUGUUCUCUGUGGGCCCUGUGACCUCCAGCCAAAGGUGGACAUUCAGAUGCUACAGCUUUAAUAUGAACAGACCACAGUUGUGGUCAGAACCUAGUGACCCCCUGGAGCUCCUGUUCUCAGGGACCCUCCACAAACCCACCAUCAAGGCUGAGCCAGCCUCUGUGGUCACCUCAGAAAGCCCCAUGACCAUCUGGUGUGAGGGGACCGUGGCUGCAGAAAUAUUUGUUCUGCAUAAAGAGGGAAGCCAAAAAUCCUGGAACACACAGACGCCAGAGAAGCCUGGGAACAAGGCUAAGUUCUUCAUCCCUUCUGUAACACAGCAGCAUGCAGGGCAAUAUCGCUGUUACUGUUACAGCUCAGCUGGCUGGUCAGAGCGUAGUGACACCCUGGAGACUGUGGUGAAAGGAAUCCACUACAGUAAACCCAGACUGACAGUCCUGCCCAGCCCUGUGGUGACCUCAGGAGGGAACGUGACUCUCCAGUGUGUCUCCCAGGAGGGAUAUGACAGGUUCAUUCUCACCAAGAAUGAUCAAAACUUUUUUAGGUCUCUGAACUCACAGUAUAUAUACCAUAUUAGGCAGUGGCAAGCCUUGUUCUCUAUAGAUCAUGUCAAACCAGACCACAGAGGGACAUUCAGAUGUUAUGGUUACUACAGCCACACUCCACAGUUGUGGUCAGUACCCAGUGAGCCCCUGGAAAUACACAUCUCAGGCCUGUCCAAGAAGCCCUCCUUGCUGACUCACCAAGGCCAUAUCCUGGACCCUGGGAAGAGCCUCACCCUGCAAUGUUGCUCUGACAUCAACUAUGACAGAUUUGCUCUGUACAAGGUGGGGGGAGCUGACCUCACCCAGCAUAGUGUCCAGUGGACGCAGAGUGGCCUCUCCUUGGCCAACUUCACACUACACCCUGUGAGCAGAACUACUGGAGGCCAAUACAGAUGCUAUGGUUCAAACAACCUCUCCUCCUCCGAGUGGUCAGCCUCCAGUGACCCCCUGGACAUCCUGAUCACAGGACAGCUUUCCUUCAGCCCUUCCCUCUCAGUGAAGCCUAACUCCACAGUACACUCUGGAGACAACGUGACCAUGCUGUGUCAGUCAACAUACAAAGUGGACACUUUCAUUCUGUCCAAGGAGGGAGCAGACCACCAACCCCAGCGACUAAAAUCAAAGUUUCACAUUUGGAAGUUCCAGGCAGAAUUCUCCAUGAGUGCUGUGACCUCUGCCCUCUCGGGCACCUACAGGUGCUAUGGUUCUCGGGACUCAUCUCCCUAUCUGCUGACACAAACCAGUGGCCCUGUGGAGCUCACUGUCUCAGGACCCACUGGAACCUCCAGCCUACCACCCGCAAAGUCCAUGCCAACAUACGGACUGGAAGGGUACCUGAAGGCUCUGGUCGGAGUCUCUGUGGCCUUCCUCCUCUUCCUCUUCAUCCUCAUCUUCCUCCUUCUCCGACGAAGGCAUCAGGGAAAAUUCAGGAAGGAUGCCCAGAAAGUUACAGAAUUGCAACUUCCUGCAGGAGCUGCAGGGCCUGUAACCAGAGACAGAGGCUCCCAGAAGAGAUCCAACCCAGCUGCUGCCAACCAGGAGGAAAACCUUUGUGAGAUGAAGAGGGUCCUGGGGAGGGAGAUGUAUGCUUCAGUGGAGGACACACAGCCUGAGGAUGGUGCCAACCUGGAGAGUUGGGCUGCUGAAUCCAAGGAGCCCCAGGAUGUGACCUAUGCCCAGCUGUGCACCAGGUCACUCAGACAGGGGAGAGCUGCACCUCCUCCCUCCCAGGCAGGGGACGCCCCAGAGGAGCCCACUGUAUAUGCUGCUCUGGCAGUCACUCGACAGGGUUCUGUUCCCAGCAACAAGGAGCAAUGACCCUCUGCCUGCCAGGAGACCGAACAGAGACCUCCAAGGGGUUCUGUGAACGUUGGGGAACCUGACUGCUUUUUAACUAACAUCAUACAUUUUGAAAAUGAAGCAGAUUUCUUGAUAAUCAUGUGAAAUGAGAAACUAAACAGAAGGGAAUGGUUUCACACUGAGUACUAGUUCUAAUGACAUCACUCAUCAAAGCCAUGAAAUAAGAAACUUACAUGCUUGGUUGCACAGAUCCAUAAUCCCAACCCCUGGGAGGCUGAGGCAGGAGAAUUGCCUUUGUUUUGUGGUUAUCUUGGCAUACCUAGUGAAUUUCAUGCCAGCCUGGGCUACAGAGUGAGACAUGUUUCAGACAUUAACCACCAAAGGCCAGGGUGGAGGUACACACCUGGAAUCCCAGCGCUUUGAAGGUGUGGACAGUAGGAUCAAGAAGUGAAGGUCAUCUUCACCUACACAGCACAGGAGUAAGAGGCCAGCCUGGAACACAUGUGACACUGUUAUAAAAUAAAUAGGCCAAGCAUGGUGGUGCAUGCCUUCAAUCUCAGCACUUAGGAG